AUGACUCGUCCGAUUCCCCUUUUAUCUGACUAUGGAAUGUCCUCAAGCCGCGGCUUUCUGCCCCCGGAACCGCCACUGAGAGUCCUCCCAGAUCCGUAUUAUGCUGAGUGGGAGGCCAUUGUGGCCGAUCUGCCAUCACUUGUCGUGACCAAGAAGCUACGACAGGCAAUUGACCGGCUUCCGGUCCUCUCGACGGAUCGUUUGAAAACUCCUGCGGAGUGGAGGAGGGCGAACGUGUGCCUAACUUUCAUGCUCCAUGCCUAUGUAUUUGGAGAGAAAGCACCUAGAGGAGGUAUCGAUCCACAUGUCUUCUAUCACCACCUACGGCCUUUUUUCGCAGGCAGCCAGUCAAUAGGUGGUCUAGUCUACGAUGAUGGGACCGAUAAGGAAGAAUACCGUCGCUCAGUUGUCGGGAUAAGCAACGGGCAAAACUCGCUGGUGGUCUUCUUCGACCUUGUCCUAGGCAUCUCGCACUCGAAAACGUCUAAAGGCGACAAGAGCUUCUUCUCCGAGAUGCGCAAAUUUAUGCCUGGAAUUCACCGCCGGUUCUUUGAACAUAUAGCAGAGAUUGCCAACAUCCGAGCCUUUGUGGAGGAGCGAAGUGACGACCAGGGCCUCCUCGCUGCCUACAACGCCUGUCUCGAAAUGAUGGUCUCUAUGCGAGAUGUCCACAUCCGGAUUGUGGCUCGUUAUAUCUUGACCCAAUCGUUCAAAAAUGAACGACAGGAUCUUUGUUCUCUUUGUUCUUGCGAUAAGAAUUCCUCCCCGCCUCAACCUGAAAGUCCUUCUAACGCUCCAGCAGAGACUCGAAAGGGGCUUGGUGGGACAGACCUGAUCCCUUUCCUGUCUCGGGUCCGAACCGGAACAAAACAAUUGAAGAUGAGUUCGCUCGCUACUGGUACCCUGGAUAGCAGAGAACAACAGAUGAGUCUCAAAACCAGGACUGGGUUGCAGUAUAUCCUAACAUUUGCUAUUGGUAUGACGGCAUUGUGUCUUUGCAAGUGGUCGAGAGUUUAA